UCUUCAUAUCCUCACAACAACUGUGCGAGGUGGGUGAAGCUGAGCGGCAGUGACUUGCCCUGGGGUCAUCUAGUAAAUUUCAUGACUGACCUCUGUUUGCCCGCUUGGGUGUGCACACUAAUGAAUUCCGCAGAAUAAUUGAGUUUGGAGUAAACAUGCAUACGGUCAGGCUGUAUACAAUGCCGAAGCUAAUUCCUAAAUCCUGGCCUCUCUGAGUCACGAUGUGGCACGAGUGUGCCAAAGUCCACCUUUUUGCAGAGGGGGCCCCCAAAGGAUAAAUGUCCAGGGAGCUGGGAUGGUUGGAUGGGAGCCGGCAGAAAUAUUAGCACCCGAUCGACGCAGAACCAUGAAAGCGUUCGGACCACAGCUGCUUCUUUUGCUGGCGCUGCUAGGAUUCAUCGGUAAGUAUCUCCCAGUGACCAGGUGCAAAAGGAAGUCUCUGUCUUAUAGGGAAAUAUCUCAACUUGUCAUGGGAGAAAUAGUCUUUGUUGAAAGAUCCUCUUUUCACUGCUGAAAGGGAUAGGAAUGUUGUUGUUUUUUGUCUGAUUGCCCUGCAUUUUAGGGUGCCCUGCCACUGAGGGCCUCUGUUAUUUUAGCUCAGUGGUACAGGAUCGGUUUAACAUGUAGACAGAGGGUGGUGAACACAGCGCAUGAUAUCAUGGGCUGUCCCUUGAGUCCGCUAGAUGACAUCGCAAGCGAUCAAUGCCUUAGGAGAGCGAGAAAAAUUCUUAGGGACGAUUCACACCCCGGUCAGCACCUCUUCAAUCUUCUACCCUCAGGCAGGAGAUAUAGAAGUCUAAUCAGUCGUACCAACAGGCUAAAAAGCAGGUUCUAUCCGUGGGCUGUUAGGCUGCUGAACAGAAAAUAAUACAGUCAUACCUCAGGUUACAGACGCUUCAGGUUGCGUUUUUCGGGUUAUGGACCUGCCGAAACCUGGAAGUACCGGAACGGGUUACUUCUGGGUUUCGGGGGUCACGCAUGCGCAGAAGUGCUAAAUCGUGCUUUGCACAUGAGCGCUGAAUCGCAACCCACGCGUGCGCAGACGCACCGCUGUGGGUUGUGAACGCUGCAGGUUGCAAAUGUGCAUCCCGCAUGGAUCACGGUCGCAACCCGAGCGUCCACUAUAUAGUGCAACUGACUUUCAGGGUUGGUGUGUUGUGCGACAAGCACACAGAGUGCAAUGAGACUUACAGUGGUUAAGAACUUAAGCUUGGGUUAAGAACUUAAUUCGUUCCGGAGGUCCGUUCUUAACCUGAAAAUGUUCUUCACCUGAGGUACCACUUUAGCUAAUGGGCCCUCCUGCUGCCACCCCGCGAUUUCUGUUCUCAUCCUGAAGCAAAGUUCUUAACCCGAGGUACUAUUUCUGGGUUAGCGGAGUCUGUAACCUGAAGUGUCUGUAACCCAAGGUACCACUGUAUUAGGUUCAACGCUUGGCAUCUCCCUGGGACCACCAGAGAGAUCUUGUAGACCACUAUGCUGUCAGCUAGGAUCCGGGCCAGAUUUAUGUAUAAGCCAAACAAGCUAUAGCUUAGGGCCCCACUCUCUUGGGGCCCCCAAAAAAUUUAAAGGGCAAAAAACCUGGAUGUACAUUUCCAAAAUAUGAGAGGGAAAAAACAAAUAAAAUAAAACCUCUGGGUAUAGGGCGGUGUAUACAGUAGUUUUCCGUGUAUAAGACCAGGUUUCCCCCCUAAAAAAUAAUGUCAAAAAUUAGGGGGCAUCUUAUACACGGAUACAUCUUUCCCCCAUUUUCUUAAAUCCAAGUCCCCCAACAUGGGGGCCUCUUAUACAUGGGGGCAUCUUAUAGACAGAAAAAUAUGUAAGUUGAAUAAAUAAAAUAAUAAAAUAUUCAGUUUCUCACUUUUCCAAACUUAAAUGCAGUUCUUUGCAUUUCUGCAGCGGUCUGUGAUUUAUUUAUUUUUAAAUCCUCAUGAAAAUUGGUCAACAUUUUAGUCCAAAUCUCUCCUUGAUAUCAUUAUACUUCCGGACCUGUUUACUGAGAAUUCUUCCUGAUUUGUUUGCGCACUUUGUGGGGAGUUUAGACAAGUAUGUCUCUUUAAUGAGCAUUUAUCCUAAUUUGUUUCCGGGAUGUGUGUGUGUGUGGUGGUUCGAUGGCAUUUCAUCAAAACAAAUGGUAUCCCACAAUAUCCUUUGCAUUUUCCCAGAACUUUCCUUAUCACAAAAACUCUGAUUUUAUUGGGGGGGGGGGGAGGGGAGUGCUUAAAAGUGCCAAUUCAGUUUUAAUUUUGUGACCUGAAUUUCAAUUGCUUAGCUGAACACGCGCUUGAUCUCAGUUGUGUUCACUCUAAGAACAGCCCUGUGAUAAAUCUCUCAAAUAGAAGCCCAGAUGAAUCACACUGGUUUAGACCGCAGGCACCAUUCGAGACACGGACAAGCCAUCCUUUGUAAAAACAUUGGCCGGGAAGAGCAGCUGCAACGGAAAAACAUGUCUGGGCUUUGUGAGCUAAUCCGCAGGAAUUAAUUGGGGCGACACAAAUAUUAGUUCCGACACUCAGGAUCUACCAACAAUCCCCCCCUGUGUGAAGACGGGCCUGCUUUAUUUGUUUAUUCGGUUUACAAAAUAUUCCUAUACAACACAAAACCAACAAUAACACAACCUCCGUAAAAAAAGCACGAAAUACGUUGCGAUUCAGUAGGAAGCUGGUGACAUGAAAUGGUGAGCCGGCCCACUCAUUGCACAAAUGAGACAUGCUACUGAUGCCUACACCCUUGUGCAAAUUAAUUGAAACAAGCAAUGUAGUUUAUUGGACAAAACUCACGUAUACGUACAUUAGUAACGGAUAUGACCUCCGCUAUUUUUAAGCAGCAUUUGAACACGUUUCGGCAUGGAGUCUACUGUAGUAGUUUCGAACAGUCACUGUUGAUUUUCGGAUCCCUGUACCACAAUUGAAUCAGCUUCUCCAUAGUCAUACAGUCUACAGAACGGAGGCAUCUUUUGCAUACAGCCCACAAAUUCAUCGUCUGGGGAAUUCCCUGGCCAAUCAAGUACCUGUAUUUGCUGUUCUGUCCUGAAUUUCUUCACCACUUUCGAUGUGUGACAGGGGGCUAGAUCCUGCUGCAAUAUCCCAGUACCGUCAGGAUACCUCUUUUCCAGCUCUGGAAUAACUCUCUUUUCAUAGAACCUUAAUAUAUUGUGGCGAGCGCAUCAUUCCUUCUAUUGGCUGCAGGCUUCUGACACCACAAUGACCAACUGACUUUUCAUGUUUGUUUUGAGUACAGGAUUAGGAGUAAGAUAGAAAACAUGCUUUUUUCAAUUAAUUUGCACACAGGUGUAGAUGCUUUGCUCCCACCCCCUUCAAUCAACUUGCUGGUCCAGUGGGAGGGAAGGAGAAUUACCAACCAUUUGUUGUUGUUGUUUAGUCGUUUAGUCUUGUCCGACUCUUCGUGACCCCCUGGACGGGAGCACGUCAGGCAUUCCUGUCUUCCACUGUCUCCUGCAGUUUGGUCAAACUCAUGCUGGUAGCUUCGAGAAGACUGUCCAACCAUCUCGUCCUCUGUCGUCCCCUUCUCCUUGUGCCCUCCAUCUUUCCCAACAUCAGGGUCUUUUCCAGGGAGUCUUCUCUUCUCAUGAGGUGGCCAGAGUCUUGGAGCCUUAGCUUCAGGAUCUGUCCUUCCAGUGAGCACUCAGGGCUGAUUUCCUUCAGAAUGGAUCGGUUUGAUCUUCUUGCAGUCCAUGGGACUCUCAAGAGUCUCCUCCAGCACCAGAAUUCAAAAGCAUCCAUUCUUUGGCGAUCAGCCUUCUUUAUGGUCCAGCUCUCACUUUCAUACAUCACUACUGGGAAAACCAUAGCUUUAACUAGAUGGACCUUUGUUGGCAAGGUGAUGUCUCUGCUUUUUAAGAUGCUGUCUAGGUUUGUCAUCGCUUUUUAACCUUCAUUGUUGUGACUUCCUAUACCCAAGCUGGACAGGAGAUGGGGAUCCCACUGAACACACGGACCUGUGCCAGUUGGAGAGGUCUCUGCCGUCGCUCCUGCCUGGCUUAUGAGAUCCACCUGGGUGUUCACGGCUGCCCACGUCACUAUAGGUAUGGCUGUUCUCCUUGUGGGUUGAUUGUUUAUUAUUUGUGAGCACAUUAAAGUCUCAUCACGCUUGUUAACACCUGCCUUGGUCCAUUGUAACCCCAAGGUCUCGUUCGUGGUCCCUCACCACUAUGGCGUUCCCAAAGCAAGGAAGGAUUGGACUCUGAUUAAUAGAAUACAGUGGUACCUCAGGUUACAUACGCUUCAGGUUACAGACUCCCCUAACCCAGAAAUAGUACCUUGGGUUAAGAACUUUGCUUCAGGAUGAGAACAGAAAUCGUGCUCCGUCAGCGCAGCAGCAGUGGGAGGCCCCAUUAGCUAAAGUGGUGCUUCAGGUUAAGAACAGUUUCAGGUUAAGACCGGACCUCCAGAAUGAAUUAAGUACGUAACCAGAGGUACCACUGUACACACGAGGCUUGACCAGCAAGACUCUGGGAGGAGUGCGUAUAAUAAUCCUCUCUCCAUCCCUUGGCCCAGGUCGUUUUAUUCACACAAGAACUUUUUACACAGUGUUCGUAAGAACCAAUCAGAUUUCCUCUGAGCAUUUCAAAAAAACCGACGUGGGACAAAGUCAGAUCAGAAGAAAUUAUUUUAACUGCAAAGACUACUCUGAGCAUGCAUACACAAUCUGAAAGUAAAUAAAACAGGACUAAAGGAAUGCAUUCAGGUCAUAAACAGGCCGGAAAGGAAGGAAGUAUGGCAAGAAAGAGGAUUUACCAUCUCCUUGUGAACUCUCUUCCUGGCCCUUAAGAUCUACCUAAAAAUUAAACUACAUCAAAGCUAACUGUUAUCUUUAUGACCCAGGAUGCCUGAUGAAGCAACUGGCCUGUGUAUUUAGAAUGCUUAUAUACGCCUGUCAGGUGUAGAGAAAUAGGACAUAGAUGAAGAGGCAUGGAUUGAUCAGGAAUCGUAUCAAAAUGGCUCGAACCCGGUCAACACAACGCUUUCAUCGCGGACACAAAUGGCUUCCUCCAUAUUUUUUAUAAUUCCUCAUAGCAAUCCCACCUGAUCGCUACAUACCACGAGCUGAUAAGAUAUUUUGCUCCGACGUGCCUCAAUUUCCACUUGUUUAGGUCAAAUUGAAUUUGCCAUUUUACCACCCAUUGUUUCAGGGCUGCCUUCCUGGCGUGGGGGCCAGUUUCCGCUAAGCGUUGUGGGGGAAGGAAAGCAGGGGAAAAGAGCUACGAGGAGAGAAAACCCCUUUACAUUAAGUCCAAGCGCUACUUAGGUCUCUGUGAUUGUUGCAUGGCUUCUUUCCACCUCUCCAGCUUUGAAUCCAGUGAAAUAGGCCAAUAUUUGGGAGGCUCAGGACAAUGUGUGGGGCAGGGGGUGGGGCAGUGCUUUGGGCAGCAGGCAGGGCGACACUUCGACAAUCUGCAGCCUUCUUCUGAGACUGUCCUUGGUGACUGCAAUUCUGAAAAAGACUCGUUUCCUCUUCCUUCCCAGAUGCUGUGUGUUGAGAACCUAACACAGACAAGGAAAUCCAUCACUCCAGCAAAGGGAAGGAUGUUCCGUCUACAUGCUGAUCAGAAGAAGAGUGGCCCCUUUUAUAGACAGCAUUUGCAAUACAGUGGUACCUUGGUUCUCAAACUUAAUCCGUUCCGGAAGUCCAUUCCAAAACCAAAAGCGUUCCAAAACCAAGGUGCGCUUUCCCAUAGAAAGUAAUGCAAAAGGGAUUAAUCCGUUCCAGACUUUUAAAAACAACCCCUAAAACAGCAAUUCAACAUGAAUUUUACUAUCUAGCGAGACCAUUGAUCCAUAAAAAUGAAAGCAAUAAACAAUGUACUGCAGUCACACAAUCAAUCAAUCAAUCAAUCAAUCAGUAGCUGAACUGGGUUCCACACAGUCACAAAAACAAAAAAGAGCCGCAAUAACAAAAAAAGCAAAAUAAAUAGCAAAAAACAGACAGAACUCAGCGUAACACUCAAAACCGAAGGGUGGCACUCAAAUCGGAAGCGUAACACUCAAAAUGGAGCACGUUCAGCUUCCGAAAAAAGUUUGCAAACCGGAACACUUACUUCCGGGUUGGCAGUCUUUGGGUUCCAAGUUGUAUGAGUACCAAGGCGUUUGAGAACCAAGGUAUCACUGUAUCUGUUUAUUUGACAUCGCCACGGAAAUUAUCGCCUCCCAACAAUUCAAAAUGGCUUCAAUUUGUUUUAAGCUGAUAUGUUUUUAGUUGCUUAUUUCUGCCUUGCAGCAAGGUGAUUGCGACUGUUUAAUUUUCUUUAAAGGAAACGCUUCAGAGGACACAUGACGCAACUUUUGAAAAGUUUGACAAUGCUAAGUUAAAGCUUUGCAACUGUCUAACACUACUUUGCUUGUUUAUCGUUCUCAAGACAAAGAUGUAGCACAUGUAACCAGCCGUAACAAAAAGC